AUGGCACAACGAAGCACUGUACUUCCUUCUCUUGUCACCGAGGAAAGGCGAGUUAGAACCAUGCCACGACAUAGCCAGUCUUUGAGUGUGGCUCCAUAUUCAUCUGCAAGCCUAGUGGACCAGUUGGAAGAUAGAAUUCUGUGCCAUGAGAAAACAACUGCAGCACUUGUGGAACAUGCUUUUCGUAUAAAAGAUGACAUUGUUAACAGUUUGCAGAAAAUGCAAAAUAAAGGUGGAGGAGAUCGAUUGGCUAGACUGUUCUUAGAAGAGCACAUCAGAAAUAUCACGGCAAUAGUGAAACAACUUAAUCGGGAUAUUGAGGUCCUACAAGAACAGAUACGUGCCAGGGAUAACAUUAGCUAUGGAACAAAUUCUGCCUUAAAGAGUCUGGAGAUGCGACAACUCUCUGGUUUGGGAGAUCUUCGGGGAAGAGUAGCAAUUUCUCAGCUUUUAAGCAGAGUUGACCUGUCAAUAUCAGAGCAAAGCACAAAGCUGAAAAUGACCCACAGAGAUAGCAACCAUCAGCUUCACCUUUUGGACAUUAAAUUUAAAGGUACAGUGGAAGAACUUAGUAGCCAGAUUUUGUCUGCACGGAAUUGGUUGCAGCAGGAACAAGAACGGAUAGAAAAAGAACUUUUACAGAAGAUUGAUCAGCUUGCAUUGGUUGUUAAGGAAAAUAGUGAAAUUAGUGAAAGGACCAUGGAGAAGAAGUUCAGUCAAAUGUCAGCAAAGCUUGAUAAAAUAGAAGAGAUACAAAAGAAAAAUAUGGAUGCACAGAGGCUAAAAUCUGAUGAUGAAAAGAUGAAUGUCCGAAUCAGCAAAAUUGAAUUGCAGAUGAAUGAAGAGAUGAAAGAAAUGAAAGCAGAAGUCAAUGCUGGGUUUGCAGCCAUCUAUGAAAGCAUAGGAUCACUCAGACAAGUUCUUGAAGCCAAAAUGAAAAUUGAUAAAGACCAGCUACUGAAACAA